ACAUUAAAACAGUUUAUUUACUUCAUUCACAUCGUCGUGUAAAGAGUGUUUGGCUGAACAAAAAAUUCGUGACGCUUUGUAAAAUAAAUAAUUUGCAAAAUGAGUAGUGUACAUUGUCAACUAUGGAUGGGCAACCUUGAACCCUACAUGACGGAAAACUUCGUCAUAAGUGCUUUCCACAAAAUGGGCGAACAACCACAAACUGUGCGACUUAUGCGAAACAAAUACACAGGUGAACCAGCCGGAUAUUGUUUUGUAAACUUUCUGUCCGACGAACAAGCCAUAGAUGCCAUGCACAAGCUAAAUGGAAAACCCAUACCGGGGACCUCACCUGUUGUAAGAUUCCGAUUGAAUGCCGCAAGCAGUAACUCGAAUAAGCUAUUGGCAAAUGAGCGUGAAUUUUCCGUUUGGGUCGGAGAUUUAUCACCUGAAGUGGAUGAUUAUAACUUAUACCGAGUUUUUUCCAACAAAUAUUCUUCGAUUAAAACUGCCAAAGUAAUUCUCGAUUCAUCGGGAUUUUCAAAGGGCUAUGGUUUUGUACGAUUUGGUUUGGAAGAAGAGCAAAAAUCAGCACUGUACGAAAUGAAUGGUUAUAUUGGUCUUGGUUCAAAGCCACUGAAAAUUUGCAAUGCUGUCCCAAAACCUAAGUCAUCUUCAACAGCAGCAGCAGCAGCCGCCGCCGCCGUCACGACAGUCCCAGAUACAGUCACUAUGCCGAACUUAGCUGCACCAAAUGCCAUCACGGAUUUUUCACAAUAUUAUGACCCUUCAACGUACUGGCAAUACGGACAGACUGCAUCACAAGCAUGGGCCGGGUAUGAUCCUAACGAUUUUGCGGCUUAUUACCAACAACAGGCUACAGCGCAUAUUCAACAAGAGAAUACAGCCGCACAAAACCAAAAUGAAUCAACGGCAAUGACCCAUAUCUACAGUCAAAAUGAUGAUUUGACAUUAAUUGAUCAUAAAAUAACAAUUGACGUCGAUCAAUUGAAUAGAGAGACCAUCGAGCGUGACCGAAACUUUUACGACGCCCUUGAAAGUUCAAAGUGGAUGCCGGUAGAACAACUGGAACUAUUCUAAAUAUUCAAGGAAUAUUGAUUUCUUGAGUGAAUAUUCCAUAAAUGGUUGUCAAAAAUAAAGAUGUUUUAAUAAGAUAAGGAGACUA